CCAGCAGUACCAGUGCCAUUCGCACGGCGAUGCGUUCACGACCUCUUUUCUUCACAUCUCCACGUAAAGCGGUCACACAUUUGCAAUUUGCACCGCACAGUGCAACGAGAGCGAGGGGACGUCCGUGCUGCUAUAUUUCCAUCCUGGUCCUGUUGAACUUGAAGUCCUGUACUGGCAUUGGAGGACUGUGUUUUCGCUUAUAUCAGUUAUAAGCGAAAGCGACUCUAAGUAUUAUUCUCAUUAUCCCGCUCAUGCCUGUGUGUGCUGGAACGUAGUGCAGCUUGAAGCAUACUAUGGAAACAAAGUGAAGACUAGUACCUGUGUCGACUGGUCGAAAUACGCGAGUGCACAGGCAGCACUGAUUGCUUCUAUUGAAGUUCUAGGGACGUCGAUCUACGUGGUGGGUUGGCGGUCACUCUCUGUGUAGUCAUGCGUGCCAGUGGAAGGGGUAUUCUUCCUCCUCCGUUUUUCAUUCAAGUAGCAGUGCUAGUGUCGGACCCGGGCUCGACCUGGAAAGGUCUGAGUGGCAGAGGGAGUAUGCUACUGCGGGCUGCAGGGCUAAGGCAUCACUGGUCGCUGACGACGUUCUCCAUUCUACUCAUGGCUACCAUUACACAGUGCUGCGGUGCUCGUGACCUGGACCACACUCUGGUACGGAGGGAUGACGGUGUAAAGGACCCAAGGCAACAGGAGGCUCUCAUUCACGCCGAAACAAACCUACUGCAACUCGUGGACAGUGUGCUUCCCAGAAACCUGCAGAGCCGCGUAAGAUUACACAAGCAUUCGCGACGGGAGAGAGGCCAACAGCGCCACAAACGCGGAUCAUCUGGACGAGACCAACCAAAGGGUAAAGCUGAGCACCCUCUUCCCAAGCGCACCAGCAGAGGAUAUCUAGACCAUCCGUCACUCCGCCCCAAGGUGCGCUUCGUCAUCCAGAACGCAUUCCCGAGCAUGGACGUGCUGAAUGUGACGUUGACUGGCGCUGGCACGACCGGGGGAGUGAGAGAGGAGCGCAUUCCUUACGGCCAGUCCCGGGAGACACUGUGCGGACUGGAUCUGGAGGACGUCCUGACCGUGUCCAGUGGCAAGGAGCGGUUUUCUCAGACAGUUCGCGAUAAGAUCCUACACAUUCCCGACAAUGCCGAGGUGUUCAUUGUACCGGAUCAGACGCGAGGCAGGACACUGCACUCGUCCAUUACUAUCUAUGACCUGGACGUGACGUUCAGCGUGCGGCAUUCCUGGCUCAUGGUCUACAAUGCACUGCUGUCCAAUAACCGAGACAAGCCUCUUCGCGGAGUAGAUGUGAUGCUAUUCGACGCUAGCAAGUACAGAAAAGAGUACAGCCUGCACAGGAUAGCACGCAACAUCUCACUGCACAAAGGCCAGGAGGCAUUACUGCCAGAGGGCAGCUAUGAACUGAAGGUAAUACCGCACGGCAUGGCGGCCGAUGUCUACCAGUUCAAGAAAGUGGAGUCUCUUCUGCCGCCCAUUUUCAUCAAACUGCUGGGCGGCAAGCGGCACUUCGUCACCAUCCAAGGCCACAUUGGCUCAGCGCAGUUCCCACCGCGCCUGAUGAGCAUUCCUCACAUCCCGGACGCCAAGCCGCCGACCGAGCCCAAAACACCGCUCAUCGCACUCAACGCCUACAGUGAGCACGAGGUGACCAGGAUCAUGUUCCCCAAGCACAACAUCACCAUUGACUUACCGUCGCGUACAGGCAUCGAGGAGACGGUCUACAUGAAACAAGGCGAUAUCUUCAACAUCACCAGCAGCACAGGGCACCGGCAUGGGUUCGUAAUCAACACCGCGGUGCCGUACCGAGGUGGCGAAUGCGCCAUGAUACCGGAUCGCAGUCGGACGGGCCAGUUGGAAGUGUUCUUCGGCUGCUGGUAUCGCUAUGCACAGCCAUUACCGCCCAGCCAGUUCUGGAUAUUUGUCUACCAUGCCCUCCUUGGAUAUGACAGGCCUGUGGACUGGAUAAUCUUUGACGAAACAGCCCUGGAUGACGAUAGAAGACAUGCCUUGUUCAGCCUAGCUGAUGGUCUCUACCUAACACAGGGCGUGGCAUCACGCAUGGAUCUUGGAAACUACUCUCUCAAGGUUGUUCCACAUGGCAGUGUGUAUGACGCGGAGUCCUUUCGCAGAGCAGAGUCGCUUAUCGAGCCUACGUACAUCAUGCCGCAGCAAGCAACCCGCUACUAUGCUGUAAUCCAGGGCGACUACAGCAGAGGUCCAGGUGUGGCCACUGUAUACCCGCCCAUGCCCAUACGGUUACGACAGGAUGAUGGCGACAAGGGUGGGCACACGAACGGUACGCAUCAUUCCUCUGCUACCCCAGCAAGCUAUCCAAGUCAUGUGCUGCUAUUAGGGUUUGUCAUAUUGCAUAUGCUCAUCAUCAGAUCAACAUUAUGACCACCAUGCUGGCUGGCAUAGCAGGCAUGGCUAGUACGGCAACUUGAUUAGUACGCUGCCGUGACACGGAAAAUGCUUGAGGAACGGACAGACAACGCUAUGCCGGCCAGUUACUCCAGAGUAGAACGACCGCAGGUGACCACACAAGUUGAUCAUGCUGACGUGAGCAGGAUUAGCCAUCACUUUCACUACACACAGCAACACACCGCCCAUGAGUUGAUCCAGAAGCACAAUCCAACAAUCCUCUAUCAGCACAGAGCCAUCCGUAACCAUGGUAACCAAGGACUGACAUUCACAGUCACAUAUGCCAGGAGCUAUGGACGUUGACAGGAAUACAGUGAACGUCUAUGCCUAUACUACAGCCAUGCACCCACUAGUACCCACACUACAGCCAUGCACCCACUAGUACCCACACUCACUGCCAUGCACCCACUAGUACCCACACUACAGCCAUGCACCCACUAGUACCCACACUCACUGUACGAGUAUCAUACCCAGCGACUAAACCAUGUACAUAGUUAGGUGCAACUCUACGCUGCCUGCUAAGAAUCGCUGACAUUUUUUUACGCAACGCUUGAGACAUUUUGAUUGCGUCGCUACUUCAAACGUUGAAACGUAAAUGUGAUAUCAGUACAGUUAAUUCUGAGCAGUGAUGCGUCUCUGAAUAUAUAUUAUUGAGCUCAUAGAAUAUUCUCUGCUUGUGGUAUCAAGUAAUAAUUGAACUGA